CCAUUUAUUUUGGUCAUGGAUUUUUCUGCUUUUCGAGAAACAGACAGUGGCAUGUCUGAAACGUCUGACCUCAGAGAACACAAAACAAUAAUGGAGGGAGACAUUUAAAGAUGAAGAACAAGAACAUAGACACAGACAUAUCACAUGCUCUGCUUUGUCUCCAUGUCAAUGGAAGUCUGCUCAGUCCUAUCCUCUCUUCAUUGUUGUAAUCCUGCUGACAGAUGAUCAUGAUUCAUGAGAGACGACAUGGACAUGCCCAUGAAACUCCCAGUGAGCAGAGCUUCUGCUUGCUCUAGUUCUUGCUCACCGAAGUGAUUAGAUCUCACCAAACUUGACAAGAUGGGAGAGACACAGGCCGCUGUCACUUCAAGCGUGGGGCUCGAAGUCGGACCUUCGGUCUCGUUUGGCCGGUUCGAGGCUGAUUCUCUGUCGUGGGAGAAGUGGUCUACUUUCUCUUCCAACAAGUACUUGGAAGAGGUGGAGAAGUGCGCAACGCCAGGGUCAGUUGCCCAGAAGAAGGCCUACUUCGAGGCCCAUUACAAGAAGAUUAUUGCCGCCCGCGCCCGGAAGGCAGAGUUGUCAUCCGAUCAGGAGAAGCAGGUAAGGAACUAUGGUUCGAUUAGAUCAGACAGUCCUGGUUCGGGGCAUUUGGUUAGUGACAAAGAUGGGGUAAGUUGUCAGAUUGAUUUGUUCAAGACCCCGAAUUCCAGUGAAAGAGUGAUUGAGGAUGAAGAUGUUUCGAGCGAAAUCUGCGAAAAUCCUGAUGGAACGAAAGAAGGAAAAGAAGUAAACAGAUUGGAACAUUGCCCGGAACUGGGUAAACCUGAAGACAUUGCUUCAGUGGAAGAAGUGCAAGAAAAAGUUCCUGCCGGGUCUCCAGUGCUGCUCGUAGUGGAACCGAAAAAAGAUUCCGAGAAUGAUACACACAUUUCCCCAAAAAUUCAUGACGAAAGUCCUAAACUCAAUCUGCGGAAGAAACCUCAAAAGGCUAAUCCACUGAAAUAUGAGGAGAAGAACGCAGGAAGAUUAAAGAAAAAAUCUGGAUCUCACCUGGAAAAAUCACCUGGAUCACCCACGGCUAAGGCGGCAAAACCGACUGGGUCAAAAUCCUCGACAAAAAGCGAUGUGGCGCCUUCACUAAUCAAGAGCAAGAACCUCAUCGAGAGAGAGAAGAAGACAGUAUUUCCUAAGUCCCUUCACAUGUCCAUUAGCUUGGGCGGUUCGCAGACUAGUAGUACUCCUCCACCUUCAGUCACCCUAACGAGGAAAUCAUUUAUCAUGGAAAGGAUGGCAGAGAAGGACAUCGUGAAGAGGGCGUUUAAGUCUUUCCAGAACAGUGUCGGGCAAUCUAAGUCGUUUGUUGAAGAGAGAUCUCCAUCACAGAAGCCAGCUCCUUCAAUGGCGACAGAGCUAAGGGCUUCUGCUUCAGUGGCUAGUCGGAAAGAUAGCGGGAGGACACUCAAACUCAAACCUGGAGCUGCCAUCCAGAGGGCUCCUCAUACUGUGGGGGCGCCUUCCUUCAGCUCAAGGAGUAAUCUGAAGGCAGAGAAAAGGGAGCUUCAAAAGAGACCUGGCGUCCAAAGGAAACUUGGUGAAAAAUCAGAUGCCAAGGAUGCGGAGAGAACACCUCUCCGAACGAAAUUGAAGGAAGAAAAAGAAGCAGAGAUUCAAAAGCUGAGGAAGAAUCUUAAUUUCAAGGCGGCACCUCUGCCGAGUUUCUACCGUGGACAGAGCAAAUUGAGGAGCAGUGUUAGACAGGAAGGUUACAAGAGCGAAAUCCGCGAGUGACUUGUUUUUCUUCAGGAGGAAAAUACUAGCUCUUCCGUAGAGAAACAGAUGCUCAGGCAAAGGAAAAGAACACAGAAUCGCAGUGGUCUUCAGAAAGGUCUAUGGACAGACGUUCAGGAUGGCUUGUGAUCGGGGAAUAAAUGUACAUCAGUUGCUAGAUUGAGAUAGUGAUAUCUUAUGGAAUGUGCUACUUCUGGAUCACCGGAAAGGCACACAUAGUCUUGCUACUUUGUAAUAUAGAUUAAUCUUAUCUCGUAGUAGAUAAAAUAUUACCUGUUGAACUCGAACAUUUCACAGUUAAUAAUCAUCUAAAAAA